AGAGGUGCAAAUGAUGGUGAAAAUGUGUUUACAUCAAUGUCAAAUCCAAACGAAUCUAGUUUGAAUCCACAAAACGGGCCCCGGCCAAGGUGUUUAAACUUUUUAUCAAGCUGUGACUCCGGUCAGUCGAGCAAAUUCAGUGAGAAUAACGCGGAGUGUGUUAAAGCGGGUACUAGUCAAUCAGUGUGUAACAGGUUGAGUUCGUCAGGCAUUGAACAGCUGGAGACACCAAGUGGCAAGACUGACUCGAACAGUUGCGACAAUGGCUUCGAGCUAGAGCCACAAACAUGCCAAAGGCACAAGGUAUGUAUGGACAAGGCAGCACAAAAUGCACCAUCAACAAGUGGCACUAGCAAAUCUAGCGACAGCUGCGAAAAUAACAGCUUUAAAGAAAGUCGAAAACGUCCAUCAAGCUUAAAACUAAACCGACCAAACCUAGAUGAUGAAAGUUCUAGCGAUACAGGGAAUGAUGAUUACUCAUUGGGAUCAGAAGAUGGUUGUAUCUACACCUAUAGGGGUGGAGAACAUUUGGCAGAUUUACCCAGCUCAUUCUUCAGUCUAGACAUGGGUUUGCCACUUGAUAAACAUCUUCCUAUACCGCCAAAUUAUGCAGUGCCACAACAAGGAGCAGGUAACUCUAGAGACCGUGAUUCAAGGGCAUCAAGCCCCGACAUGGACUUUUUAGAAAUGGACUUUGAUCCAGGCCCUUCAUGUGAGGUGGAUACGGGUGAUGAGUCAUCGCCAGAUGUUGAGCUUGAAGCUGCGAGUAGCAUGCCUGAGGAGAAUGAGCCUGUGAUUCGAGGAACAUCUCCAGAAUAUUUGGCAGCGACAAGACCAGUCCCUAUGCCACCAGUUGUAGCUAUAUCUGAAUCUGAGCUAUACCGUGACGUGCCAUCAACUAGUCAAGGAAUUACAGUAGCUCAACGGGAUGUAGAGGAGGUCAGAGCAAGCCAUAGUAAUAUUUAUUACGGACCAUACAUUACCCAUGUGAACGCAAGAGGGGAACAACUAUUGGUGAGGAGGACAAUGUCACAUUGGCCCCAUACUGCACCUGUUAGCCUGCAUGUGUCUAGUGGGGACCUGGUGUCACCUAGGGAAAUGUUAAAUUAUGAUGAAGACCAUGCAGAGAGACCAUUUGCACACCAGAUCAACCAGUCAUUUGACUCGGCCAACCUGUCUUCAGCACUGUACCACAUGACCAUGGCCAAGAGGCUCAUGGUUGAGAAAACCAAGUCUGAACUUGAAAAUCAUGAAGUACCUACCAUGUCGGGCGACGCUACAACAACCGUGACGACUACGCCUGUAGUAUGCAUGGCCACGACAUCUGGUAUAUCAAUAACCAGCUGCAGUGCUGGCUGCACUGAGGCUCCCCGGUGCAUGGUCUGGUCGGAACGAGAGGCUUGCGAACGUCAGGUCACGCAGAUUGCGACAUCUGCUUGUGGUGCUACCGCUGUUGUUAAUGUUUUUAUUGCAUUGGGAGUACCUGUCAACUUAGACAGAAUUAAUUCUGCUGUUAAUACGAGACAAAGGGCGAAUAGUGCUCCUCUGCCAAGGUACAUCUUGUCGCGAGCAGUUGCUGGAUGCACAGCUACAGACCUAAUCAACGGCAUUCAAAUGGCGUCAGACGGUCUUGUCACCGCCCGAUUUUUCCCCACAUACCCAGAACGGGCUGUUUCCCUGUCCCAUUGGCUUGCAGAUUGGAUUUCUUUAGGUGCCGUACCUAUCCUAACUUUGAACCUACAAGCUGGCUGCGAAGGUGAGAUUCCAGACGCGUGGCACCAUCAAAUGGUAUUCGGAGUAUCUUCGCGAGGAGUAUACCUUUGUAACCCAGUAGAGUGCGUGAGAGAAACAGCACUAUGGCCGCGUCUGACUUCACCGUCAGUGUUGUUAGUGAGGACAAGAGAUGUGCUAGCGAGGUUUACCAGUACCACGGACUUGAGGCCAUUGAUGGCUGUUCCGGAUAGGCGAUUUCAUACUUUUAAUGUGCUUGGCCAAGUUAUAAACGUAAUCCGAGAAUGGCGAGCUACGCGGUGGACAGAGCACGGAACCCGUACCCGCCACAUCAGAGUGCCUGCUUCGUACCAAGCGGGCAUAACCAUAGCAGCACUCACUGGCUCCGAAGCCCACAGGCGACUUAUGCAUGCACCACAACUUCCCAUACUAGGUCCACAGACGGACGAAGAAAGGAAACGAGACAGAGUUUAAAAAAUUUCAUUGGUAAGAGAGAAAUAGUUAUAUAGUUUGGGUUACUACUUUUAUCACCAUUAAAAUGUAAGAUAACUGUCCAUUCACAUUAUAAAUGCAGGAUGUGAUUGUUAUAAAGCAUUGAAUUUUGAUUAGUUUGAAUAAACCAUUACUCAUUGAAACAAUAUGCAGAAAUGUACUACGCGGGCAUUACAUUAAUGUCAACUAAAUUCUAAUAUUUCCGAUCACAGAAGAAACUCGGUAAUAGGUAAAAAUGUACACACAGAAGGUCAAGCACCCGGGUUUUAACCCGCUGCUUUGAUAACGCCGUGUUUAAACCCAUUAACACACUUUGUACUUUGGACUGUUCUUAUCGUAAGCGGCAUAGAGUUGGAUUUAAGCCUUAAGUGUCAAGCUUGACGUGCUCUUGACCCUGUAC